GAAUCAGUGGAAGGCAAAGAAACAAAACCCUUUUUUCUUGCCUCUUCCCCGAAGAAAAACCCUUCCCUUCUCUCCUUUGCCUCUUGGCGGCUGCGGCCAACUUCUCCUCCUUCUAAUCUCUUAAACCCUAGAUUCGAUCCCCUGAUUCUGUUUAGGGUUUCUAUCUUCUCUUUUGGCCGCAUCCCCCCCUUAUCCGAGAAGGAUCUAUCAAUCAAACCUUUUGUUUCUCGAAUCUGAUUAUCAUGGCUACCGUUGCUGAUCAAUCUGCUGAUAUGUUGCAGAACCUCACUUUGGACUCACAAACCAAAGCUUCCGAGAUCCCUGAGCCUAACAAGAAGACUGCUGUUUACCAGUAUGGAGGUGUGGAUUCACAUGGUCAAGUUCCUACCUAUGACCGUUCUUUGACUCCAUUGCUUCCCACUGAUGCCGUUGACCCUUCUGUUUGCUAUGUUCCCAAUGCGUACCCGCACUUUUAUUAUGGAGGAUAUGGAAAUGGAGACUGGAGCGAAUACACUGGUUACCAGAAUCCUGAAGGUGUUGACAUGAGCUCUGGAAUUUAUGGAGAGAAUGGCUCUAUUGUGUAUCCUCAGAGUUAUGGGUAUGCAGCUUAUCCUUACUCGCCAGCGACAAGCCCUGGUCCACAGGUUGGCGGAGAUGGGCAGUUGUAUGCUGCUCAGCAGCAGUACCAGUAUCCUGCCUUUUUCCCCACUGGAGCUUUUGCUUCGUCUGUUACUACCGCUACCCAGGGAGAUCUCUCUGCAAACAAAGCUGGUGGUGUGAAGACAGCGGAAACCAAGAAUGUUGCAUCUGCUGCUGGUAAAGGAAGCAACGGAACAGUUACAGGGAAACCAAAUAACCAGACUACACAUAACACCGCAAGCAAUUUGUAUGGAACUGGUGCUCCGGGAGGAGGUUUUGCUGGUGGAUAUGGUUAUGAUGGGUUUUAUGCUCCUGUGCCAUGUUACGACGGCUCUAAGUAUUCAGAUGUGCAGAGAUCUGGUAGUGGAGUUGCAUCCUCCUAUUCUAAGUCGACCACUGUACCAUCAUCGAGGAAUCAAAAUUACCGCUCAAAUUCCCAUUACACGCCUGCCUCAAUGACAGGCUACGGUACAGGUCAGGGAUACUACAACAGGGUGUAUCAGAACAAGGUAUAUGGUAGCUAUGGAAGCUCAGGGAGAUCUGGUACGGGUUAUGGUUCUUCUGGGUAUGAUUCAAGAACAAAUGGAAGAGGAUGGGUGAGCACAACAGACAACAGAUACAGAAACUGGGGAAGGGGUAACAAUUCCUUCUAUGGAAAUGAGAACAACGCAGAUGGGUUGAAUGAACUUAACAGGGGACCUAGAGCGAAGGGCGCAAAGAACCAGAAGGAAAAUUCAGAAGAUAGCUUAGAGGUGAAGGAGCAGACUGGCGAGUCAAAUGUAGUUGAGGCUGUGGAGACAGAGAACACUUGCAUUGUUCCUGACAGGGAACAGUACAACAAAGAAGAUUUCCCAGUGGAUUAUGAGAAUGCUAUGUUCUUCGUCAUCAAGUCCUACAGUGAAGAUGAUGUGCACAAGAGCAUCAAAUAUAAUGUUUGGGCCAGCACACCAAACGGAAACAAGAAACUUGCUGCAGCGUACCAGGAAGCUCAGCAGAAACCUGGCGGCUGUCCUAUCUUUCUCUUUUUCUCGGUCAAUGCAAGUGGACAAUUUGUUGGGCUUGCUGAAAUGACAGGGCCAGUUGAUUUCAACACAAAUGUGGAGUACUGGCAGCAAGACAAGUGGACGGGCUCUUUCCCUCUUAAGUGGCAUAUUGUGAAGGACGUUCCAAACAGCUUGCUGAAGCACAUUACCCUUGAGAACAAUGAGAACAAGCCCGUCACCAACAGUAGAGACACACAAGAGGUCAAGUUGGAGCAAGGUUUGAAGAUAGUGAAAAUUUUCAAGGAGCAUACAAGCAAGACUUGCAUUUUGGAUGACUUUUCCUUCUAUGAGGUUAGGCAAAAGACUAUCUUGGAGAAGAAGGCUAAGCAACAGCAAACCCAGAAACAUGUAAGUGAGGAGAAGACUACAACAGAUGAGAAAAAGGACUCCGCAACUGCUGAUUCGGCUAAUAAGGAAUCUCCUCCAGCUACCAGUGAUGUCAAGGCUGAUGAGAAUGGGUCUGUUGCAAAACCAGUCGGUGUGGUGGCAAAUGGUUGCUAGAUUAGGCGAUGUAGCUCACGGCUUGUGCAUUAAACGCAACAAGAGAGAAGAAGAUAUGAACAGUCCCGUUUACAGUUUCUCUGGAGAAGUGCCGUGAGCUUUGAAGCAUGGAAGGAAGAGCCUUAGUACCUGAGACCGAGAUUCUGUUUCUAUGCCCUUAGAAGUUAAAUGUCCCAGUUUUAUUGUUUCUUCACUCUUUUCGUGUUCUCUUUUUACCUUGUCUUUACAGUUUUUUCUUUUCUUUUUUUCAUGUUCUGUUGAUCCUCCUGCCUUGUAAAAUGCUUAUAGGACCUACUAAAUUGUGGGAAAAGUAAGAGAAAGAAGAUAUAAUAGCAGGGUGGGAGUUGUUUCCAUUUCUGUUGGAUUGAUAGGCAGAUUUUUGUUUAUUUUCCCCCUUUUUCUA